AUGGGGCAUGACCCUUGUGGCCACAGCCCAUAUAUCGUGUCUCCUCUAAUGCCUUGUGAAAGUUAUGUAUAUGAUUUACAUUUCCUUUCCUUGGAAAACACUGUUGGGUUUCUUUCUGCUGAUCAUCCUCAACCUCAACUCCCGGUUAUGGGGAACGACACCAGGACGGGAUACGACGCUAUAAACCCAUGGAAAAUCAAAGGGAAAGGAGGAUUCAAAGCUACCUCUUUCAUAUAUGCCUUGGUGGCAUUAGAGAACAUGGGUUUUGUUGCCAAUGUGGUGAGCAUGGUGAUGUACUUCUUUCUGAAGAUGCAUUUUGAUCUAUCUGGUUCAGCAAACACUCUCACGAAUUUAAUGGGAUCAACUUAUUUGCUCUCUGUUGUUGGUGGCUUCAUUUCGGACACUUACCUUAAUAGAUUCAACACAUGUAUAACUUUUGGUACCCUUGAAGUACUGGCCCUAGUGAUGAUGACAAUUCAAGCUCAUAAUGGAAGUUUGCAACCAGAGAGUUGUGGCAAAUCAAGUUGUGUAAAAGGUGGUAUAGCAGUCAUGUUCUAUGCUUCACUUUGUUUGUUAGCGUUAGGGACUGGUGGGGUCAAGGGUUCUCUUCCUCCACUUGGUGCUGACCAAUUUGAUUCAAAAGAUCCAAAAGAAUCCAAGGCUCUUGCUAGCUAUUUCAAUUGGCUCCUGCUCAGCUCGACAAUUGGGUCAUCUAUUGGUGUCACUGUCAUAGUAUGGGUUAGCACCUCGAACAACAAUAAUGGUUGGUGGAAAGGUUUUCUCAUAAUUUCCAUCUCGACGUUCAUCGGCUAUGUUUUUCUUGUCCUCGGAAAACCUUUUUACCGCCUCGAGGCCCCCGGAGACAGCCCUAUUACAAGAAUUGCACAGGUUGUAGUAUUGGCAAUAAAAAAUCGAGGGUUGUCACUUCCAGAGAGCCCUGAUGAGCUGUAUGAGAUUAAUGAGAAAGAAUCAGUCUCAGCAGAAGCCAAGAUUGCUCAUACGGAACAAUUCAGGUGCCUAGACAAAGCAGCUAUUCUUGGUGACAAUGCAAAUCCCACCCCAUGGACAGUUUGUACAGUGACACAAGUUGAAGAAGUUAAGGUUCUUACAAGAAUGUUGCCAAUCAUAGCCAGCACAAUCCUAUUGAACACUUGUAUGGCACAGCUCCAAACAUUUUCAGUUCAGCAAGGCUCCCUAAUGGACCGAAGACUCGGUUUCUUCCAAGUUCCUGCACCUUCAGUUCCUGUCAUUCCUCUAGCUUUCAUGAUCAUCCUAAUCCCCAUUUACGAGAUUAUUUUCGUGCCCUUUGCACGAAAAAUCACCAAGCAUCCAUCAGGGAUCACACAGCUUCAGCGUGUUGGAGUUGGCCUAGUUCUCUCGGCCAUUUCCAUGUCAGUGGCAGCCCUUGUCGAAGUAAAAAGAAAGAACCAAUUCUUGAAAAAUCCCACAAAGCCUAUUAGCCUCUUUUGGCUAUCGUUUCAAUACGCCAUUUUUGGGAUAGCAGAUAUGUUCACCCUAGUCGGGUUGCUCGAGUUUUUCUACAAGGAAGCACCGGCUGGCAUGCGAUCGCUCUCUACUUCAUUUACAUGGAUUUCACUUUCAUUUGGCUACUUCUUAAGCAGUGUCUUUGUGGAUAUCAUCAAUUCUGUCACUAAAAGAAUAUCCCCAAGCAAAAAGGGAUGGUUAUACGGACAAGACUUGAACAAGAACAAUCUGAAUCUUUUCUACUGGUUUUUGGCCAUCCUAAGUUACCUCAACUUUGUUAAUUAUCUUUAUUGGGCAACAUGGUACAAGUACAAAACUGCAGAUUCAACAAAUAUUUCUAGCAUGGAGAAAUCACCGUCCAUCAGUGGUGUUCCAUUGAUCAAGGCAGCUGAGAUUGAAGUAUCUAAGAAUACAAAUGGAGGGUCCAUCGUAGACCACACACAGGAAAUCAGUUGGAAGAACAACCUAGUUUUUUAA